UAACUUGAUGGGAUCUGUAAACACUGACCCGGAACCACCACUACUACUCCCUCUUCUUCUCAUAGCAAGACUCUCUCUCUCUCUCUCUCUCUCAUCUCCUCCUCCUCCUCCAACAUAUAUAUCAUCUUCUCGAUCUGUUUCCCUCAAUCCAAGCUUUCAUAAAUGGUGGAUCUCCAAAUAGUCUGCUCCAUGUGUGGCGAUGUUGGUUUUCCGGACAAGCUCUUCCAAUGCAACAAGUGCCAUAGUCGAUUUCAGCACUCGUAUUGUAGCAACUAUUAUAGUGAAUCAUCAGAUCCGAUCGAACGGUGCGACUGGUGCCAAAGCGAGGAGAGGUCUCGCUCAAGGCAUGGCAGCUCCUCAAAGAAAACCGCCAUGGGUGUAGCGAGAUCGGAGUAUUCAGGUGAUAAGAUCAAGCAAAACGACCUAGAGGAAACACCCGAGAAGGGGAAGAGCCCGAGCAAGACGCCUUCUCCACGGCAAGCUACCCGAAGGUACAAGCUUCUCAAGGAUGUCAUGUGUUGAUUAGAGAACAUAUGGUAGUCAACUGAUAUAAGCGAGAAUGGUUGCGUACGGUACAGGGAAGAUCCAAAUUGUAAGUUUGCCUCACCAAUUCUCUCUCUCUCUCUCUCUCUUUCAUAUUAUCUUUUUUUUUUCCUCCUUAUUUUCGUUUUAUAUUUCUCCUUUUUAAUGAUGAAGUGUGCGUCAUGGGAGGCUUUUUUCCCAAGUUGUUGAUAAAAUAAUAAUAAUGUAACUGAUUAUAGAGAUUUUACGUUUCUUUAAGUUCUUAA